AUGCGGCAGCAGCAGCAGCAGCGGGCAGGGCACAGCGGCGGCUCCGUCCCACCGCCACCGCCCGGGUUUUCUAUUCCAAAUAAAGAGCCCCGCAGCAGCCGCGCCGUGGAAGCCUCUCCCUGCCUGAGAUUGCGGGCUCAGCGCGUCCGGCCGGCCUCCGCGGGGCUCCCGCUGCUCCGCCCCGGUACCGGCUCCGCCCCGGCGCGGAACAGGACGCGGCACAUCCGCUUCCCGCGGCGGCCCGGCCCGGUGGAAGGUGAGAGCCGGGGGCGGAGGACUCGGGAGCACGGGGCGGGGGGAACCCCUGAGCCCCCGUCCCCGCCGCAGGGCGGUAUGAGCGCGGCCAAGCCCAAGCGCAUCAAGUUCUCGGAUGAGGAGAAAUUCCUCAUCCUGGAGGAGUUCAGCCUCCGCAAGGACAUCCUCAUCCCCAAGAGCGGCCGCUACCGCAACACGCAGGACCGGCAACGCGCGUGGGAGGAGAUCGCGGCCGCCGUCAACGCGCUGAGCCCGGUGGUGCGGCGGACGGCCGAGGAAAUCCGCAAGAAGUGGCAUAACAUGGUGCUGGACGCGCGCCGGGAGCUGGCGGCCGACAAACACCCGCUGCUCCGCCAGCGGCCCCAGGAGCGGCUCUUCCAUCACAUCUUCGCCCUCUUCAACAAGCCCGGCCCUCCGCCCGCCCCGUCCUUCGGGCUGCCCGCGGCCGCCCCUGAGCCGCUGCCGCGCGGCCCCGCUCCGGAACGCUUCCCCGGCCCCGAGGAGCGGCCGCUGCCCGGCGCGGAGACCGCCCCGCGUUAA